AUGUGCGUAGGAAAAAUAACAUCCAAUUGGAGAUCUGCUGCAUCUAUUAUUUUGGCAUGCAAGUCGAGUCGUAGAGUUCUCAUGCUGAAACGAGGCGACACAGCCAAGUUCAUGCCGAAUACCAUGGUCUUCCCUGGCGGUGUCAUAGACAAAGCUGAUUCGAAGUUAGGCGAAGAAUUCAGAAUCGCGGCAGUCAGGGAGCUUUUUGAAGAAUCUGGAGUACUUUUGACUAAAAAUGGAUGGCAGACGUCAGCUAACAACUCAGAAAUGACGAGUUUGAAGGCAGAUGUGGUUACCGAUGCUUCCAAGUUUCAGAAACUUUCUGAAUCUAUUUGUGCUGAUAGACUCAUCGAGUGGACUACCUUCAUCACUCCAGCGAACUAUCCACGUCGCUUCCUCACAAAAUUUUUUCUUGUUCUUAUUGAUGAAGAACCCGCGAUAGAUUUAUGUACUUCUGAAAUGUCAGAAUAUUCUUGGAUUGAUCCAAAAGACUGCGUAGCCGAAGCAUAUUCUGGGAAGUAUGCACUGCCACCACCACAAGUAUAUGAGCUAACUCGUCUAUCUCAAAUUGAAGAUUGGUCGUACUGUGACAAGUAUGGAAACGUGAAGAAGCCAAUAUGUCCCCAGCCAAUCAAAACUAUAGGCGAAAACAUGAUUACAAAUUGUUUUCCAGGAGAUCACAUGUAUAUCGAUGAAAAUUGCUUCCAACAACCACUCCGACAAAUGUCCGCAGACCGUGUAACUGUGUCUCCUAAACUUCAGACGCAUCGUGUUACCUACUUCUCCGAACCCACCUAUGGGCGUAUUCGAGAGCUGGAACCCGAUACAGAAAACUAUAUGGCGCUUCUCGCAUCGGAACAAAGAAUUGAUUCCACAAUUGCACGAAAAAGAUUGGAUAUUCAAGAAGCCCUGAAGCGUCCAAGCAAAGUGAAAAAGCGCCUUCGCAUUUACAUUUCACACACAUUCAUAGAAGAGAGACAACCAGAACGAGAAAAUGAAGAUGCUUCUCUACCAAUGUGGGAGCUCCGUGUCGAAGGACGUCUUCUUGAUGAUCAAUCCCCGCAGUCCGCAGUUUCAGGACAACGUCCGAAUCCUAAGAAAAAGUUCAGCUCUUUUUUCAAGUCUCUAGUUAUUGAACUCGACAAGGAAAUGUAUGGACCUGAUCAACAUCUUGUAGAAUGGCACAGAACACCCCAAACAAACGAGACAGAUGGAUUUCAAGUGAAACGGGCUGGUGACCGUCCUGUGAAAUGUCGCGUUCUUCUACUGCUGGAUAAUCAUCCUUCAAAGUUCAAACUUCAUCCACGACUAGCCAAAGUUUUGGGCAUUGCUGCAGAUACUCGUCCCAAAAUCAUUGAAGCACUGUGGCAAUACAUAAAAACUCACGGUCUUCAGGACCCUCAGGAACGUGAUAUUAUCAACUGCGACACUUUCUUGACCCAGUGCUUCGGGGUCGCCAGAAUGAGAUUUAUGGAAGUUCCAAACAAGUUGCAUCAGCUUCUCCAGCAAAUCGACCCAUUGGAGUUCAAUCAUGUCAUUCAAAGACCAAAAGAAGGACAAGAACAAGUUUCUACAUGCUACGAUAUUGACGUCGAAAUGGAAGAUCCAGUGAAGCAGUAUAUGGCACAAUUCAUCCACAAUCCAAUACUUGUCAAUGACAUCCAAAAUCUUGAUCAGAAGUGCUAUGACAUCAUCGAACAAAUCAACGAAUUGAAGACUCGUCGUGACUUUUACGCCAGAUUCUAUACCGAGCCAACCGAGUUCAUCAGAGAUUGGCUUAUGAGUCAGAAUUCAGAUCUAAAACAUUUGAACGAUAUGAAUGGAGAUGUUGAAGCGGAGAGAUACUCAGCCGCCUACGUUAAGUCUGAAACAGAGGAAGGAGUGCAACGCUACAUGUAUCAAAAAGUGAAUCAGAAACGCCUCGAGCUGGAACAAAGUCUCGGAGUUCGCUCAAAUUAG